AGUCAGAAACAAACUGAGGAGUGGCAGGUUAUAGGAAGUGCUCCUUUGAACCCAUUAGAAUGUUCUGGGCUUUGUUUACAUCGUCACGGAAUAGAGUAACUUCCUGAUGUUUGUACUCUGUAAACCUUCUCACACCCAGCUUCCUCCCAUAGAUUCACAUAGACUCGGCUUUCAGCUAUGGACUGGGCCCUGGAAAUAAAUGGCUUGCCAAUUCUUCUACUGAUUGCUGCACUUCUGCUUCUCCUGGCAAGAAAAGUGGGUAAAAAAGUUAAAGGAUGCCUCCCCCCAGGUCCCAAACCUCUCCCUAUUCUAGGGAACUUGCUCCAGCUGAAAAGCAGAGAAAUACAUAAACCGCUGCUGGAGUUCAAUAAAAAGUAUGGUCCUGUAUAUACUUUAUAUAUGGGAUCUAUGCCAGCGGUGGUGCUGUGUGGAUACGAAGCUGUGAAAGAGGCUCUGGUGGACAAUGCAGAAAAGUUCAGUGGCCGAGCAGAAGUCCCCAUAGUAAAUCUGACCACUCAGGGAUAUGGUAUUGCUUUUAGUAAUGGAGAACGAUGGAAAGAGCUGAGGCGUUUUUCACUUACCACCCUGAGAAAUUUUGGAAUGGGAAAAAGGAGUAUUGAAGAACGUAUUCAGGAGGAGAUUCAUUUUUUGUUGGAGGCGUUCCAUGAGACACAAGGAUCUUUCUUCAGUCCGGCCUUUAUCAUUCGUCGCUCUGUCUCAAAUGUCAUUUGCUCAGUAGUCUUUGGAAAACGCUUUGAUUAUACUGACCAGAAGCUUCAGAUUUUGCUGGACCUCAUUGCUGAGAAUCUACGACGAGUGGACAAUAUUUGGGUUCAGGUAUACAAUUUCAUUCCCAAACUACUGAACAUCUUACCUGGGCCUCACCACAAGCUAACUGAAAAUUACAAGGCACAGUUGCGUUAUGUGGAGGAAAUUGUACAAGAACAUGGGAAAACGCUGGACCCCUCUGCUCCACAAGAUUAUAUUGAUGCCUUUCUCCUCAAGAUGGAGCAGGAAAGAAAGAAGGCACACACUGAAUAUAAUGUACAGAAUCUUCUCUCAUGUAGUUUGGACAUAUUUUUUGCAGGGCAGGAAUCUACAAGUAGUACAUUGGGUUAUGGGCUUCUCAUCCUGAUGAAGUAUCCUCAUAUUAAAGAAAAGGUUCAAGCAGAAAUAGAAAGUGUGAUUGGUCGAUCCAGAAGACCAUGCAUGGAUGACAGGGCAAAGAUGCCUUACACAGAGGCUGUUAUUCAUGAGAUUAUGCGCUUCAUUGAUUUCUUUCCUCUUGGGGUUCCUCAUAGUGUGACAGAGGACACAUUAUAUAGAGGCUACGUUAUACCUAAGGGUACCACUAUAUUUCCUUUCUUACACUCUGUACUUUUUGACCCUUCAAUGUUUGAGCGACCACAAGAAUUUUACCCUGGACAUUUUCUGAACCAGGAUGGCUCAUUUAGGAAGAAUGAGGGCUUCAUGGCAUUCUCUGCAGGAAAGAGAGCCUGUCCCGGAAAAAGCCUUGCACGUGUGGAGAUAUUCCUGUAUCUGACCUCCAUCCUACAACAAUUUGACCCACAACCAGCACUUUCUCCAAAAGACAUAGAUCUGUCUCCUGAAUAUAGUGGUUUUGGGAAAAUGGCUCCUUCCUUCCAGCUCAAGCUAGUUCCACACUAGAUGUGCUCUUUAUUUAAACACUACAUUACACCAAAAAAUGCAUUUGUGAAAGUGUUCUAUUAUUCAAAUCCAAGCAAAAGAUUUUUUGCAAAACUGGCAUCAAACUUGCGAAAUAGCGAACUUCUUUGACAUGCACAACUGUUUGACAUGACCGCAACUUUUUUUUGAUGUGACCACAACUUUUUUGACGCGACUGAGAAUUUUUCCUCACUCGCUGAGUUUUUUUUCCACAACAAAUUUUUCCACCAGUUACGCGAACAAAUCCGCCAAUGGCGAAAUACGGAGUUUCGCCAUGAAUCCAUGCCUGCCGAAAAAAUUUCGAUUAUCACUUAUGUUUACUUGAUAACCCUAUGAUGGAAAAAAUCAACAAUAACUGAUCUGUGCUCAGAUAUAAAUGGAGUUUAGGGGCACUGGGUUUGGGAAUACAUAUUAAUGUCUGUCCUCCUUAAUGAUAAUAAAGGAUUGUAUACAGCACCUAAGCUAUUGCUAAUGUUGGUAAAUUUGGAAUGUAAUGGUUUGCUUGUAAUGAUAAGUGAAUCUGUCCCAUUUUGCCAAAAAAUUCACAAAACAGCUGUAAAAUUCUCAAAAUGGUGAAAAUUCAUGGCUAUCACUUCUUCUGACUAGUGUGACUUUUUUCCUCUGAAAAAUUUUUUUUGCAGCGAAUUUUUGCUGCCGUUUCGUGAAAAAAAUUAGCAAUAGCGAAAUGCGGAAUUUCAUGAAACUGCUGAAAAUUUUGCAAAAUGCAGCUAUCACAUGUUGAUGAGCAUGACUUUUUUUUUAUACAACUCUGAUUUAUUUGAUGCGACCGCAACUUUUUUGAGGCAUCGUCACCUUUUUUGACAUGACCGCAACUUUUUUCUCACUUUGAGAACCAGGGCCGGAACUAGGGGUAGGCAGAAGAGGCAGCUGCCUAGGGCGCAACGAUUGAGGGGCGCCAGGCAGCCUCUCCUGCCUACCCCUAGUGCUACUUUGUCAUUGCCUCCGCCGCUUAUCAUUAGCGGUGGAGGCAAUGACCGAUUGAAUCGCGGGGAGGUGGGCGGAGUUGGCCGACCGGGUUGCCUAGGGCGCCCGGUCGGCUUGGCCCGCCCCUGUUGAGAACUUAUUUUGCAUGAAAUUUUUGCACCCUAUGGUUAAAAAAAAAUUGCCCAUGAUGAAUCCAUGCCUGGUGAAAAAGUUUACUCUCAGAUCUCAUAAAUAUCUGUUAACUGUUUGUUAAACAUGUUGAUUGUUUUCUUUCAUGGAACACAUAAAUUGGAGUUUUAGAUUUGUCCUGACAUGUUUUUUUUAACUAAAUAGUCAGUCUGCAUGCGGCUGAACCUAAUGGUUUACAUGUUUGUUCCAAUAAAAUAAAUAUAUAUCAGUUGCCAA